CAUUUGACGAAAAAUUAUAAAAUCAAAAAAGGCAAGUGAAGGAGUGAAGGGCGACCAAACACGAGGAAGAAUAUCCACUUCCAUUCCAGAGCGAUUCUUCUCCGUCAGUUUCAUAUCAUACAAUCUUCCCCUCCUCCCUCGUCUCGUAUUUAUAUACGGCAGAUAUAAUAUAUAUAUAUAUAUACACACACACACCCACUCGGCUGUUAUAUUCUGUGUUACCGUUCCUUAAUUACCGUUACAUUCAAUCCAAAAAUCCGUUCUUCAAUCCACCCAAUCUCUCACAUUGAAGAAGAAGAUGAGGUCCCAUCUCUCCCAACCCUCAUUUCCUCUAUCCUGUUUCUAUCUUUGCUGAAUGGUGAUGGCUGAAGAAUUUAUGAUCGAACAACCCAAAACGCACCAACCCAUUUGCCCAAAAUCCGCAAAUCUCAUACCUUUAUUGUGGGUUGUGAUCGAUUGAUCCGCCAUUGAAGAAGCUCGAAGAAAAUUGAAGAAGAAGGGGAAAGAAGAAUUGGGUUCUUAUGUCAGGGGCAAAGCCGGCCGCGGCAGAGCAUGUCGGCUUCCCCAACGUGGAUGCGAACAAGUCCACCGCCAUCGCCAAAGGCGAAGGAUGUUGCAAUCCGGUCAAGAAAAGCGGACCCAUUUCGAUGGAUCACGUUCUUCUAGCCUUGCGCGAGACCAAGGAGGACAGGGAGGUCCGAAUUCGAAGCCUUUUCAAUUUCUUCGAUGCUGAGGAUCUUGGGUAUUUGGAUUAUUCUCAGAUCGAGGCCGGAUUGUCGGCCCUUCAGAUUCCGCCGGAAUACAAGUACGCCAAUGAUCUUCUGAAGGUCUGUGAUGCUAACAGAGAUGGCAGGGUCGAUUAUCUUGAGUUCCGGCGGUACAUGGAUGACAAGGAGCUCGAGCUCUACCGCAUUUUUCAGGCCAUUGAUGUUGAGCACAACGGCUGCAUUCUGCCCGAGGAGCUUUGGGAUGCCCUUGUCAAGGCUGGGAUUGAAAUGGAUGAUGAGGAACUUGCGCGUUUUGUGGAGCAUGUUGAUAAGGAUAACAAUGGAAUUAUAACUUUUGAAGAAUGGAGAGAUUUUCUUCUACUUUAUCCGCAUGAAGCAACAAUUGAGAACAUAUAUCAUCACUGGGAAAGGGUGUUUCUUGUGGAUAUUGGAGAGCAGGCUGUUAUUCCAGAAGGAAUUGGUAGGCAUGUUCAUAGGAGCAGAUACUUUAUUGCAGGGGCUGUAGCUGGAGCCGCUUCUCGUACUGCCACCGCUCCUCUUGAUCGCUUGAAAGUGGUUUUGCAAGUUCAGACAUCUCGUGCUUCUGUAGUACCAGCUAUCAAGAAGAUACUGAAGGAUGACGGUAUUCUGGGGUUUUUCCGAGGUAACGGAAUAAAUGUUGUGAAGGUAGCACCUGAAAGUGCCAUCAAGUUCUAUACUUAUGAAAUGUUAAAGAAAGUCAUUGGAGAUAAUAUGGCGGCAGAUGAGGGAGAUAUUGGUACUGCUGGUAGACUUUUGGCUGGUGGUAUGGCAGGUGCAGUGGCACAAACUUCUAUAUAUCCCUUGGAUCUUGUGAAAACUCGGUUACAGACUUGCACUUCAGAAGCUGGAAAGAGUCCUCGGUUGAGGACCUUAACUAAAGAAAUAUGGAUUCAUGAGGGACCUCGGGCCUUCUAUAAAGGUCUGUGUCCGUCACUUCUUGGGAUUGUCCCCUACGCUGGCAUCGACCUUGCGACCUAUGAGACCUUAAAAGAUAUGUCAAAGACAUAUUUUCUUCACGAUAAUAGCGAACCUGGUCCUCUUAUUCAGCUGGGAUGUGGGACAGUAUCUGGAGCUCUAGGAGCAACAUGUGUUUAUCCAUUGCAGGUUAUCCGAACAAGAUUGCAAGCUCAACGUUCUAAUACAGCUACUGCAUAUAAAGGAAUGUCUGAUGUAUUCUGGAGAACCCUUCAACACGAAGGCUAUAGAGGUUUCUACAAGGGAUUGUUUCCAAAUCUUCUCAAAGUUGUUCCAGCUGCAAGCAUUACAUAUAUGGUAUAUGAAGCCAUGAAAAAGAAACUAGAUCUGUAGCAAGUUGGUAACUACAUUGAUCUUUGUAGUUAGAAAUUGUAACGGUGCUGAUGAUGAAGAAAAAGAAAAGGAAAUGAGAUUAGUAGUUAAGUAGAGGAUAUGAUUGUUAUAAGACAGAUGGUAUCCCACUUCAGGAUACGGGGCACAGGAUUUUCAAUUUUGUAGUCGGAAAAUUUGUUUUCCCGGAUUUAUCAUAACUUUCAAUUGAGAAACAAGGUUACAGGCACAUUUGGAAUUUGAUGGCAAAGGUGAUAGGUAUUAUCUUC